GAAAAAAAUUGCCACUGCAUGGACAAAAGAAGCUUUUUACUUGGUUUUUCUUUUCCAGCUAAUCUCAUUCUCUCAUCACUUUCUAUAUAUUCUCUCUCCACAGCCUUCCUUUCCUGCAUCAUCUAAAUCUUUUGUGAAGAAUGGUUAAACUUGGAGGUGUUUUAGUCUGUCUAUUGAUUGUUGCAGUUGAUGUGGGUGCUGGGAUUCUCGGCAUCCAAGCAGAAAUUGCACAAAACAAGGUUAUGCACUUGAGGGUAUUGGUAUUUGAGUGUAAAGAGCCAAGUAAAGAUGCUUUCAAGCUAGGGUUGGCUGCUGCUGCACUAUUAGGUGUAGCUCAUGUUCUUGCUAAUUUGCUUGGUGGAUGCAUGUGUGUUUGUUCUCAAGACCAGACUCAAAGAGAUUCUCCUACCAGGCAGCUUUCUACGGCUUGCUACAUUUUUUCUUGGGUCAUAGUAGCCGUUGGAUUGUCAAUGUUGGUGAUUGGAACAAUGUCAAACAACAAGUCAAGGGCUUCCUGUGGUUUUUCACACCAUCAUUUUCUAUCAAUUGGAGGAAUUUUGUGCUUUGUUCACGGACUGUUCUCCGUUGCUUAUUACGUUUCUGCCACUGCUGCUAUUUCUGAAUAAUGAGAAGGGUAUUACACGAAUGGGGAGGUGAUUUAAAAGGCAAUGGAAUUGAGAAAAGAUGGCAAUGCAUUUGUGUUGAUGAUGAUUCUGCUUUACGCGUUUGCUAUUGGAAGUACAUGGGGCAUGAGGUCGAGAAAGGAAAUGCUUUUUGGCAAUGAUUGUUCAGAGAUAACUGAAGAAAUUGUAUGUAAAAUUCUUUAGCUUUUUUUUUUCUUUUUCUUUUUCUUAAUGGCUAUCAAUAUGAAGAAAUCUUUCCUUAAGGAAUUCUUGUUAUAUGUUAUCUUGUUAUUGCCUGUAAUUAUAGAAAAUAUAAUUACCCAUUUUUUCAUUUCCUUUUUCGGUUGAAAAUUUUGUUUAAUAUGAUUAAGAGCUUCAACAAAAGUUGAUAUGCAUGUGUUACUACUUGAAUGGCAAUUGGAAAAUUGUAUAGAACAUUCUUAGACCUUGAUUAUUAACUCUAGAAUUUGAUAAAACAUUCUAACUACAGGCAGAACUGGCUUG